GUAACGGGGCGGCGCGACCGGGACGAGGAACGGGACCGGGGCCGGGAGAGCGCCAGGGGGCAGCGGCCGAGGGGCGGCCCCUGAACUUGGGGGGACGCGGGAGGCGGCGGCUCGGCGGGGCGGAGCGCGGCGCCGGGGCCCGGCCCGGCUCCCCCGCCUGGCGGUGGGGAGGGGGGACUCGGCCGCCCGCCCCCCCCUCCCCCAGUUCACCGUUCGGGCCGGCGGGAACGGCCGGAGCUGCGUGCGGGGUAGGACCCGGCCCGAGCCGGGAAGGGCCUGGAGGUCACCGAACCCCCCCCCCCCCCCCCCCUCCGGGAGUCCGUCCCGUCCCAUCCCGGCUCCGGCGCUGAUUUUGUCGCACUGAAAGUGUCCUGUCCCCUGUCACCUCUCUCUGCUCUCCCGCCGUACCCUGCCGCCAGCCCCGGUGACACCUGUGGGAGGUGCGGGAGAGACCGUCCGGGCCAGGUGGGCAUCCCUGACCGCCCUUCCUCUCUCCGUGAGGAACUGGACACCGGGCAGGAGAUCCCCCGGGAGCAGCCGGGUGUUGGGGCACGGGGCAGAGGGUCUCCCUGAGCCCCCCGGGAUCAACGGGGCCGGGGUGGGUUGUGUUGUCCUGCACCGCUGACACCCGGAGCAGAGGUGGUGGUGACACAUCAUGUGCCGGGCGGAAUCCCGGUGGAUGAAGGAUGCCCCCGGGAGCUCUCGGUAGGCACCGAAGGCCUCAAACUUUUGUAGGCGAAAGCGAAGACGCAAGAAUUGAUUGGGAAAACUCCUUCAAGGAAACUUGCUUCCAGCUCCCCAACGGCUGAACCCCCACCCCGCGGCCCGUGCUCCGGGGGGAGCACACACCUUCCCACCCCGGCUGGGAUCAUGAGCUCCUAGGCAUGGAAAGUCACGAGAGGGACUGGGAGCUGCUCUGGUUCCACGGGGUGGCCUGACGGGCCCGGAGAUGACCUAACUCUUUAGGAUCAAACUGGGCCCAGUCAAGGCCAGUUGACUGGGAAGAGCCCCCGGUAGCGGGACCGGGUCGGAAGCAACGUGAGUCCCAAACUGAGUGUGUCCCGUCACAGAUUUAUGUUCUUUUUCAAAGACAUUCUGGAGCCAGGCCGGGAUCUUUUGGCAUCCAACUGACCUGGAAGCAGCUCUUAGGUUUGGUUUUCUUUUUUCUUUUUCCUUCUUUUUGUUGGUUGUUUUUUUUUUUUUUUAUUAUUAUUAUUCAUGUUUGUACAAUCUUCUGGAUAUUUUUUUCCCGAGAAGGAGUAAAAAGGGAGUGUUGGAAACUUAACAAACAGGAUUAAAGCCUUGAGCGCUUAAGGAAAAAAAAAAAAAAAACAACAAAAAAACAAAACAGGUUAAGGAACUUAAUCCAGGAUGGAUCUGCAGGAGCCCCAGCAGCUGGGAAUGUUUGCAGAGAGCGAGCUGAUGUCGGUGGGGAUGGACACGUUCAUCCACCGCAUCGACUCCACCGAGGUCAUUUACCAGCCCCGGCGCAAACGGGCCAAGCUCAUCGGCAAGUACCUCAUGGGAGACCUGCUGGGAGAGGGCUCCUACGGCAAAGUCAAGGAGAUGCUGGACUCAGAGACCCUGUGCAGGAGAGCUGUGAAGAUCCUGAAGAAGAAGAAGCUGCGCCGGAUCCCCAACGGGGAGGCCAACGUGAAAAAGGAGAUCCAGCUCCUGCGGAGAUUACGGCACAAAAACGUCAUCCAGCUGGUAGAUGUGUUGUACAACGAGGAGAAACAGAAAAUGUAUAUGGUGAUGGAGUACUGUGUGUGUGGGAUGCAGGAAAUGCUGGACAGUGUCCCAGAAAAGAGGUUUCCAGUGUUUCAGGCUCACGGGUACUUUUGUCAGCUUAUAGAUGGCUUAGAAUACUUGCACAGCCAAGGGAUUGUCCACAAGGAUAUAAAACCUGGGAACCUCCUGCUAACAACCAAUGGGACACUAAAAAUAUCUGAUUUAGGCGUAGCAGAGGCAUUGCAUCCGUUUGCGGAGGACGACACGUGCAGGACGAGCCAAGGGUCGCCAGCAUUCCAGCCCCCAGAAAUUGCCAAUGGCCUUGACACCUUUUCAGGCUUUAAAGUCGACAUCUGGUCUGCAGGGGUGACACUAUACAACAUCACAACGGGUCUGUACCCUUUUGAAGGGGAUAAUAUCUAUAAAUUAUUUGAAAACAUCGGGAAAGGCGACUACACAAUUCCAGAGGAUUGUGGUCCUCCACUCUCAGACUUAUUGAGAGGGAUGCUUGAAUACGACCCAGCCAAGAGGUUCUCAAUACAGCAGAUAAGGCAGCACAACUGGUUUAGGAAGAAACAUGCUCAGGCAGAGGCGCUGGUGCCCAUCCCUCCCAGCCCUGAGACAAAGGACAGGUGGAGGAGCAUGACGGCGGUGCCUUACCUGGAGGAUCUGCAUGGCUACAAUGAGGAAGAGGAUGAUGACUUGUAUGACAUUGAAGAUGAUAUCAUCUACACUCAGGACUUCACAGUACCAGCAUCCCUGGGCCCGGGCCAGCCUGUGUCCCCCUCCUUGCCCCAGCUCUGCCUCUCUCCUGGGACUGGACUGUGCUUGCAAUCCAAAAGGAAACCAGAAGAAACCAACCAAGGAGCCCCCCCUUCCUUCCCUCCCCGCACCCCCUGCUCCGGCCAGCGCCAGGACACAGAAGCUGCAGUGGCCACACCCUCCUCCCCAUCGGACACCUGGGAGUUGAACUCUGCGGCUGCCAGGACGCUGCCCCCUUCCCCCCGAUCACUCUUUGCCAAUCAAGACACUGAUUCUGUUUUUAAUUUUGCGAUGGGAAGGGUGGGAUGAGGGGUCAAGGCCCCCUGGCCGUGUAGAGUCGUGCAAAGCCAUUGCCGUGCACUUUAUGUUUUAGACUACUGUUAUAUAUUAUAUAUUUUCCUCUCUCUUUU